AUGGCGAUAUGGACCAGCUUUUGUGAACUCAAACUGUUACUACUUACAGUAUUUCUGGUACAACUCUCCAACGCAAGCCGGACAAGCCUGUUCCAUUCUGCCAUUUCGGCCAAUGAACAAGAAAACAAUAGCACUGUAUGGGCAGUUCUUGUUGCUGGUUCUCAAGAGUACCAAAAUUAUCGCCAUCAGGCAAAUGUUUGUCAUGCAUAUCAAAUACUGAAACGGGGCGGGUUGAAAGAUGAAAACAUAGUCGUGUUUAUGUAUGAUGAUAUUGCCAAUGAUCAAAACAACCCACGACCUGGUACUAUAAUCAACAGUCCCAACGGCUCAGAUGUUUACGCUGGUGUGCCAAAGGAUUAUACGGGCAAAAAUGUGACUGCAGCCAAUUUCUACGCUGUGCUUCUAGGCAAUGUAACAGCAGUGAAGGGUGGAAGUGGGAAAGUUGUAGCCAGCAAACCUGAUGAUAAGAUUUUUGUGUAUUUCACUGAUCACGGCGGCCCUGGAACUCUUGGCAUGCCAAAUGUGCCUUUCAUUUACGCCAAGGAUUUCGUUGAUGUUUUGAAAACAAAGCAUGCAAUGGGUACCUAUGACGAAAUGGUUUUAUAUAUUGAAGCAUGUGACAGUGGCAGCAUUUUUGAAGGUCUAUUGCCCGAAGAUCUGAAUAUAUAUGUGACAACUUCAACAAAUGCAACAGAACUUGGUUGGGCCACAUAUUGUCCAGACAUGAACCCACCUCCACCCCCAGAUUUCCACACUUGCUUAGGUGACUUAUUCAGUGUUUCAUGGAUGGAAGACAGUGACUCCACGGAUCGGAGGCUUGAAACUUUGGAACUUCAAUUCUUAAGGGUGAAGACAAGGACUUACAAUUAUAACGAUACUUCUAGGGGAUCUCAUGUGAUGCAAUACGGUACUGUAAGCAUGACCAACGAGACUGUUUCGGUUUAUCAAGGUUCUGCUCCCGGGAACUUCUCUGCGGACCCAAUACAGUCUUUCAACUCCAUGGGUGUUGUGAAUGAAAGAGAUGCAGAUAUUUAUGUAAUGCAACAAAAGUACAACCACUUAAAAGACGGAUCACUAGAAAAGGAGGAACUAUACCAGAAGAUCAAGAAGAUUUCGGCACAUAGGUCUCAUUUGGAUAGCAGUGUAGGUAUAAUUGAAGGGUACUUAUUAGGAAAUAAACAAGGAUCUGUUAGAGGUGAAGGAUCGGCACUUGUGGAUGAUUGGGGAUGUCUUAAAUCCAUGGUUCGGACAUAUGAGACCUACUGCGGAUCAUUGACUCAGUAUGGCAUGAAACAUACACGAACAUUCGCUAAUUUAUGCAACAAUGGAAUUUCUGAGAAAGCCAUGGAACAAGCAUCAAAGAAGGCUUGCAGCUUAUAUGAAAUGGGCCAAUUGAAUCCUGCGAUUAUUGGUUACAGUGCUUGAUCUUCACAUAAUUA